ACCAAGUUAAUGUAAAUGGGCCAAGAGUUGUUUUCUACAUGGGCCUUAGAUAAAACAAUGGGCCUAAUAAGGGACGGAGGAGACUUUAAGUAGAGAGCCUGUUUCUCUUUAGCAUGCCAACGGAAUCCCCGGCCUGAGAAUUCCAGUCAUAUUAUAAAGCGGGAGGUCGCCGGCAGCCGUAGCGGCACCGAUAUGGCGACGUCUCACGGCAUCAAACUCGCCGUUUAUCUCAUCUCCUCCUUCUUCGGAGAUCUCAACGCUAAAGUAUGCGAGUGUCUGUUGAGGAGAGGAACCCUAACAUUAGCGCAGAUUAUGCAAUUCACUGAGCUCAGCUCACCUAAUGCAAGGAAGUGUCUUCUGGUUCUGAUUCAUCAUAACUGUGUUCAAGCAUUUAAUGUUCAGCAAGAAGGUACAUUUGGGACUGCACCCAGAAUUGUAACUCACUACAUGGCAUUAUUUGACUAUAUAAUCCAUAGAAUCAGGCUUCCUAAGUUUAUGGAGAUCGUGACCAAGGAGUUUGAUAAAGAAUGUGAUCAGAUAUUUGAAGGCCUGGUUCAGCACGGAAGGCUUUCUCUCCAACAAAUCCUUGAUAGGCACGGGGCGACUGCAAAAAAAGGAAAAUCUGGUGCAGAUGCUGCACUAGAUAGAUUCAAACGCCUUGUUUCAGCUCGAUUUGUGGAGCGUUGUCCAGCCCCUGAACCAUUUAUUGCACCACCUACUGAGGAUGAGAAAGCUGCAGCAAAGAAAAAAGGCAGAAAAGCUGCCCAGAUGGACGAAAAGACAAUAGAGAUCCAGGCUUUAGAAGCAGCAGCUCCCAUGGAAUCGUUAAGGUUCUCAAUUGAAAUGGAGUCCUUGAAUGAUGAUGCUUCUGAAAAGACCAAAGAAAUGGCAAUUGGAGAGAAGCGAAAGAAAGAUGAGAAAGAACUGUUGGCGAAAGAUGAAAACCAAGUUCUUUGGCGUGUUAACGUCGAAGAAUUUUUGCGCCGCUUAAGGAACAAGGCUUGCGUUGCAAAUGUGAAAGCACGCCUUAAUGAUGAAGCUGCUAUUGUUCUCGAUGCAAUCCUGGAACUGAGUAAAAGCUCUGAGACCAAAGUAAAAGUUGAUCAUUCAGCCCCAGUUUCCAUCGAUUCCAUUUAUGAUGCUGUGAUAACGAAAGAAGGUGGUAUUGGCAUGGAUUUGGAACGUAUUAGAAGCUCCCUUGCCCAGCUGGGAUGUGAAGUUCCUUUGGUCCCGCUAGAUGAAUCAUAUAGCAUUGACCUGAAGAACAUUAUUGAAAUGGCAAAGAUUGAAGAGGUGGAGCCGAUUGUGUGGAGACGGUAUGGAAAGGAGGCCUAUAGGAUGUUCAGGCUACUAUCACAGUCUGGUCGACUCAUGCCUACGGAUGAGAUUUCAGAUUCCACAUUUGUCGAAAAGAAAGAUGCAGUAAGGAUUCUACUUGGACUGUGGAAGGAUGACUACUUGGAGAUGAGGAAAGUACUUUUGCGGGGAAAUAAUCAAACAGAACUAAUGUUGUGGAGAGUGAAUAAAGAGUCGCUUUGGAAACAGGUUCUGGAUGAAUUGUAUCACGCGGCAUUGAAUUUGAGAAUUAGAAUCAUACAUGAGCAAGAACUAGAUCAUCAGGUUGUAGGGGAACUGAGGACAAGUAACAGAGGCGAUCCAAAACAGAGAAGGCUUAAACUGGAGUCUGCCUUUUUUAAUCUUGAUGAUGUUAUCAUGAUCUUUCAUGACUUUUAGGCUCACAAACUCCUCCUCCUCCUUCACUUACCCACCACUCCAUUUUUAACCUCUAACAUGUUUUCUUUUCUUUUUUUUUAAAUUACUUUUCUCUCCCAACCCUUCUGAAUUCAAUGAAUUGUUUAUUCUUAU